CUAAUUCAUCAACUAAGCACGCAAUUAGAUCCUUCAACCUUUCUCUAAGAUUUCGUAUUUUAAUUUGCUCGAGUUCUUCAUUAAUAUAAUCUAAGUAGUUAAGAAUAUGGCUGGUCACACUUUUAACGAAGAGUUUGCUUGUGCGGUAGCCCCUCAUAGGUUGUUCCAUGGAUUGUACCUGGAUGGCCACAACUUGAUGCCCAAGAUCAUGCCAGAGGUCAAGAGCAUUGAUUUUAUCUCUGGAGAUGGUGGUCCAGGAAGCAUACAACAAGUUAACUUCAUCGACGGAUAUCCAGUGAAAUAUAUAAAGAACCGGUUGGACUUCGAGGACAAAGAAACCUGCGCAAUAAAGUAUGCCGGGAUUGAGAGCGAUGCAUUUGGUGACCAGAUCGAUUGUGCUACCCACGAGGUUAAGUUCGAUGCAACCCCUGAUGGUGGAUCGAUAUGCAAGAUCAAAACAACUUUUAUCCCAAAAGGAAAUGUUGUUAUUGGCGAAGAAUUAUUGAAGGCAGGGAGAGAAGGAUAUAUGGAGAAAUUCCCUGUUUUUAUAGCUCAUCUCACCGAGAAUCCUCACCUCUAUGCAUAGUUUGUGAUGGGUAUGUGCAUGUAGCCAUCUACUGGUUGUCUUGUGUGUACUUGUUAUGUGUGUGGAUCUCUUUUUGUUUAUCAGGAGGCCGUGAGGAAUGCCUCUUUCAUCUUUGUUUUCGUUGUUUUAAUGAAUAACUUCUCCUGGACUAUGUUUAAGAUAAGAUAUAAUGAAAAUAAAUAAAUAAUAUAAGUGUGGUUUGAAAGUUUAAUUUGUCA